AGCCCAGGAUUUUCCACUUGUAGUUCAUUUCGGGGGCUUGUCGCAAAAGCCGACCGCUCCAACACGGACGGAGCCGCGGAGCCGCGGACGGGCCGGCGCCAUGUUUCAAUGUGUGUCGGCGGUGUCUGACAGGUUGAACUUCCUAGGGGGCCAGCAGAGCUACCACUUCCUGAUGCUGGGCCCAGAGAGCGCUGGCAAGACGACCUUUUUGUACAAGCUGAAGAUCAACGGGUACAAGAAGGCGGACGUCAUCCAGGACAUGGCCUACCUGAAGACCGCGAAACAAGACCCCGGGUAUCAUUUCGAGGAGUUCAGCAGUCCGACCAUUGGGCAGUACACCAUUUGGGAAGUCCCCGGCUCGGACGUGAUGCGCCCGCUGUGGCCCAUGUUCUACAGGUAUCUCCACGUGCACGGGGUGUUCUUCGUGGUGGACGCCUUUUCGGAGAAGUGCUUUGACCUCACCCAGGAGAACUUCCGAAGGCUCAGUGAGGCUCGCGAGGCAUUGUUCCACCUCCUGAACGAGGACGAGCUCCGCGUCUCAGUCUUCUUCCUGGUGCUGAACGUCAAGCGGAGCACAGAGGAUGCCGCCAGAAAAGAGGAGGAGGAGCAGGAAGAGAAUGCGCUCUUCGAGAUGCUGGGGGUCCCGGAGAUCGAGGCGAUGGCACAUCUGAAGAUGCGCUUCCGCAAGGUCGUCUUGAAUUGCUCCAACAUUUCGCGCAGAGAUAGCAACUGGGAGAACAUCCUGAAGGACUUCCGGAAGAUGCAGCUGCAGGUGAACGAAGUCUAGGCCCGAGCGGAAACCGCGCCCGGCAGACGGCAAGCCAUGCAGAGCC